AUAGUACGACUUUGCGAAUUGCGCGCGGGUACUGCGACUGACGUGGAGAAGAGCUGGGAAUACGGCGACGUUCGAGUGAACACAUUCCUUGCGCCACCAGACGGUGCCACUGGAGGACUUGUAUAGAACUCUUUUUUGGGUUGCUGUGUUGAGCUUGCGGAUGCCGGUGUCGGCGGUGAAGGUCUGCUCGAAGAUUUCGUCGUAGAGCUCUUGGGGAAGUGUCUGCAGGAGGUCGCGUAGUGAUCGCGGGGCGCGUGUAGUCAUGGUGGCUGGUGUCGAUGACCGACGAAGACUCAAGUGUGGUUUACGAAAGAUGCGACGCUGGAUUGCGAGGAGUCGUCUCGAGCACGCUUGUGGUGGCGCACGGACCUUUUCAGGGCACGGCACGAGAUUCUCCCCAGAUCACAUGACUUCACAUGCAAGCACCUCUCGAGUCGUGCAAAUCUGGUUAAGAGUGGUUUUUAUUUCCCACCACUGAGACGCUGCCAGCAUGCCCGUUGGGAGAUUGACAGGGAAAAUCAUGCUAUACAUUCAUUGGACCAGCAUUCACCACUGGGAUGAUGAUGGACGGCGAGCUGUGGCCUGAGAAGACCGAUGAGCUGGAGGAGAUUGUUUUGCAUGAGGACGCUACGCAGGUCCGAUUCUCUCGCAAAGUAUGCCUCGUCCUGCACCGCCUCAGAUCUGCACGGCCCGGAAACGUGGACGAUUGGGUUCGCGAGAUUGCAGUCCGCGCCACGGCCACGCCUCUGAGUCUCUGCGAACCACCGCGAAGUCACACCGCACCCGUUAAAAGGAGUUGUGCUGGCCGCCGCCGACGUCCUGCCACCUGCGCUUGCCUUCACAACACAUCCCGAAUUCACUACAUCCUCAGCGUCCAUUUCUUUCUACUGAUAUCGACCCUCCUCGGACCUCCGGACAUCGAUCCUUCGUCGUGGCGCAGUCAGGCACACCAGCAGCAUCCCUCCCGUGACCUCCACUUUCCUGCCACUGCGAGAACGAAGCCGUCAUGCUGGUACGACAACUUGCAAGAAGCCGACCGAGUGCACACUUUCAACCCAUUCGGUCGAUUCAACCCGAAAGUCCGCCAUGGAGCUGGUCCUGAAGCAGACCCGGAGAAACAAUUGAACUUGCGCCACGUGCAAAGCGAGCCAGAUCCAUCCCCCGUCGACAACAAGAACUCCAUCGACGCCACUCUUCAACAACCACACCCCGCUCACCACGCCACCUUCCCGACAGGCCCAGAAUGGGAUCCUUCACCUGGCAAGAGCAAAGGCAUAGAGGAGUUCGAACAGAACCAGAGUAGUAACCAGACCGAGAAGAAUGCCCCGGACAGCAUAGGAGCCGAAUCAUCGCGAGAGCUAUCGAGAGAAGCGAACGAAGAUGGCAAGCCACGAAAACGGAAACGAGCAUUCUUCGCACUGGGCAAGAAGGAGGGCGACGAUAGCCAUGACUUCCACCACACCGACACCGAGAAGUCGAAGGAGAAGAAGGAGAAACACCCGAAAAUCCCCUUCAUGAGCCAGUUCAAGGCCGUCUUCUUCAGCUGGAUCAACAUUCUGCUCAUCGCUGUGCCAGUCGGGAUUGCCAUCGAAUAUGCCCACGUCAACAAGAUCGCCGUCUUCGUCGUCAACUUCAUUGCCAUCAUCCCCCUGGCAGCCAUGCUGUCUUAUUCGACCGAAGAGCUCGCCAUGUAUAUUGGCGAAGUGCUUGGCGGACUUCUCAACGCCACCUUCGGAAACGCUGUCGAGCUGAUUGUCAGCGUCAUCGCCCUGACGCAGGGAAAGGUUCUCAUUGUGCAAACUUCGCUCAUCGGAUCUAUGCUCUCCAAUUUGCUUCUGGUCUUGGGAAUGUGCUUCUUCUGUGGUGGCGUCAACAGAAAAGAACAGCACUUCAACAUCACCGUCGCGCAAACCGCUGCAUCGUUAUUGGCCCUCGCCAUCGGGAGCUUGAUCAUCCCGACCGCUUUCCAGAUCUUCGCCAACGUCGACAAUGGCGUUGUCCCAACCUCGCGAGGAACUUCUGUUCUGCUCCUGCUGGUAUACGCCUGCUACCUGUUCUUCCAGCUACGCACCCACACCGACAUGUACAACGAGCCCAGCCAGAAGACGCCAAAGCGAUCAUCUGGCAAGAAAGACGCAGGCGAGGCAAUGAAGGGUAUCGCCAUGAUCGGUGCUGCAAGUGGUGCUGCGCCCGCUGGUGGACGUGUCAACCAGGAAAAUCUAGUGCACGAGCAGGAAGAAGAGGAGGAGACGCCCAAUCUCUCCAUCACUGGUGCUCUCGUCACACUGGCCAUCUCGACCGUCUUCAUUGCUCUAUGUGCCGAAUACAUGGUCAGCGCAAUCAACGAUGUCGCAAAAAGCGUCUCCCCCGAAUUCAUCGGUCUGAUUCUCCUCCCGAUCGUGGGAAACGCAGCAGAGCACGCCACCGCGGUCACGGUCGCUAUCAAGGACAAGAUGGACCUGUCGAUUGGUGUUGCCGUUGGUUCUUCGCUGCAGAUUGCAUUGCUCGUCCUCCCGCUCAUGGUCCUUUUCAGCUGGUUCGGAAUUGGCAAGCCCAACGUGCUCAGCCUUGAUUUUGAUGGAUUCUUGGUUGUCAUCCUGGUGCUCAGCAUCUGGCUCGUCAAUUACCUCAUCAACGACGGCAAGUCACAUUGGCUGGAAGGCGUUCUCCUUAUGAUUACAUACCUCAUCAUCGCCAUCGCCGCCUGGUUCUACCCAGCCAAGGGCGAUGUGGCCGGUUAAGCGAAACGACACUCCCUCGCGAUUUCCUGUAAUUUAUCGGCGCCGAGAAUGCACGGCAUACGACCUCAUCUUAAUCCCGUACUCUUCAGAACAAACACUGCGACAGAAAGAGCUAUCCAGAGAAGCAGCGGCGCGGAGUUCGAUUGGAACUUUCUUGGCAGUCUUUUUUAGAUACCCCGAAUGCAAAUGAGUAUUGAUGGUUU